AUGGAGGGUAGAAUAUUUGAUGGUCCGCAAGGAAAAAUCAAGUUUAAAGAAUCGUUGCAGUACGAUUUAAUCAAUAAAGUUCAAUAUAUCGAUUUUAACGUACCCGGUGAAGAGCCAAACCCUACCGAAGAGCAGGACGUACCCAAUGAAGAGCCAAACUCUACUGAAGAGCAGAACGUACCCAAUGAAAUGCCAAAUCCUACCAAUGAACAGGUAGAACAGGAAGUACCAGACAAUGAACCAAACUUUAUAGAACUGAACGUACCCAGUGAAGAGCAUAACCCUACUGAAGAUCAGGUAGAACCGGUGCGACAAAUUAUCCAGCCUGUGGAAUCUUUCCAUAUUUUCUAUGAUAAACUUGAAAAAAUUCUUGAAAAAUCUGAAGAGGAUAUACGAACUAAGUACCUGUUAAAUAGAAUCAAAAAUUUAGAAGAUUCUUUCGAGAAUGAGAAAGUCCAUUCUCUUCAAUUAGAAAAUAAAUUCAACACACUCAAACGAAGAACAGAAGAACUUGAAUUAGAACUUCUAAUAAUCAGAAAUGGAGACCCAAGAAAAAAAUAA